GUUCACGGUCACCACACCACCUUGAACUCAGCAAAUACUCUCUCUCCCUCUCUGCUUAGAUCUGAAUUCUGUUUUUGAUUUCUCUCACUCUCUCUCUCGCAAUACUCGCGAGUCUCCGCUGAGUCUCCUCCUUUCGCUGUGUUUUCUGGAGGAAGCCCUAGAAAAUGGUAUACUCUCUGUCUGGGAUUCGGCUUAUUUCUACGCCGUUCGUGUACAGGCCCGCCGGAUCGACCUCUCAAGGCGACCGCAAGACUCCCAAUCUCUCCCUCUACUUGAAGCAUCCAUCGCGGAAGAUUUUUGUCCAAAAGUCGUCUUAUGAUUCCGACUCCCCUUCUUCUACGGUUGCUGCAUCUGAGAAAGUACUAGUUCCUGGUGGCAUGAGCAAUGGCUCUUCAUCUACAGCUGAUCAAUUGGAAGUUGCUGAAACAGUUUCAGGAGAUUCCCAGAUUUUACCUGAUAUAGAUAGUAUCGAGAUGGAGGAUGAUAGUGAGAUAGAAGAUGAUGAUGUACAAACACCCAGUGGUUACCAAGAGGUUGCUGGCAAGCAGGAUUUUGUUUCUUCUUCUACUGAAGAGAAAGAUGUUACAGUUGCAAAUGUGGAAAAAUCUGUUGCUUCAUAUGAUAUAAGCAUGGAAAAGGAUCUGGUUCGGCAAAGAUCUAUUCCUUCCCCUCACACCGGGCAAAGGAUAUAUGAAAUAGAUCCACUUCUGAGAAGUCACCGUGAGCACCUUGAUUAUAGAUAUGCACAUUAUAGAAGAAUGCGAGAGGCAAUUGACAAGUAUGAAGGUGGUUUAGAAGUGUUUUCUCGUGGGUAUGAGAAGUUUGGUUUCACUAGCAGUGCUGCAGGAAUUACAUAUAGAGAGUGGGCACCUGGAGCCAAGUCUGCAGCCUUGAUUGGAGAUUUCAACAAUUGGAAUCCUAAUGCAGACGUCAUGACUCGGAAUGAGUUUGGAGUGUGGGAGAUCUUUUUGCCUAACAAUGCAGAUGGUUCUCCACCAAUCCCUCAUGGUUCAAGAGUGAAGAUCCGCAUGAAUACUCCAUCUGGUAUUAAAGACUCCAUUCCUGCUUGGAUAAAAUUCUCUGUACAGGCUCCUGGAGAAAUUCCUUAUAAUGGGAUAUACUAUGACCCUCCAGAGGAGGAACAAUAUAUAUUUAAACAUCCUCGGCCAAAGAAACCAAAGUCUCUAAGGAUAUAUGAAUCACACGUUGGAAUGAGUAGUACGGAACCAAUUAUAAACACAUAUGCAAACUUUAGAGAUGAUGUUCUACCUCGGAUCAAAAGACUAGGUUAUAAUGCUGUGCAGAUAAUGGCUAUUCAAGAGCAUUCAUAUUAUGCUAGCUUCGGGUAUCACGUCACUAAUUUCUUUGCACCCAGUAGCCGCUUUGGAACUCCUGAUGAUCUUAAAUCGUUGAUAGAUAGAGCUCAUGAGUUAGGUCUGCUUGUUCUCAUGGAUAUUGUGCACAGCCAUGCUUCAAAUAAUACGUUGGAUGGGCUGAACAUGUUUGAUGGAACUGAUAGUCACUACUUCCACUCCGGAUCAAGGGGUUACCACUGGAUGUGGGAUUCUCGUCUUUUUAACUUUGGACAUUGGGAGGUACUAAGGUUUCUUCUUUCAAAUGCAAGAUGGUGGCUGGAGGAAUACAAGUUUGAUGGGUUCAGAUUUGAUGGUGUUACUUCCAUGAUGUAUACCCACCAUGGUUUGCAGGUAGCAUUUAGUGGAAACUACAAUGAGUAUUUUGGAUUUGCUACUGAUGUUGAUGCUGUUGUUUAUCUGAUGCUGGUUAAUGAUCUUAUUCACGGGCUCUUCCCUGAAAGUAUUACUGUUGGUGAAGAUGUAAGUGGAAUGCCAACAUUCUGUAUUCCGGUUCAAGAUGGUGGGGUUGGAUUCGACUAUCGCCUGCACAUGGCCAUAGCAGAUAAAUGGAUAGAGCUUCUCAAGAAAAGGGAUGAGGACUGGAGAGUGGGUGAUAUUGUUUUCACGCUCACCAAUAGAAGGUGGUUAGAGAAAUGCAUUUCUUACGCUGAAAGUCAUGAUCAAGCCCUAGUUGGUGAUAAGACAAUUGCAUUUUGGUUGAUGGACAAGGAUAUGUAUGACUUCAUGGCUUUGGAUAGACCAACAACUCCCCUUAUAGACCGUGGAAUAGCGCUGCACAAAAUGAUCAGACUUGUUACUAUGGCAUUAGGUGGAGAAGGUUAUCUAAAUUUCAUGGGAAAUGAAUUUGGACAUCCUGAAUGGAUUGAUUUUCCUAGAGGUGAUCAACAUCUUCCUGAUGGCAGGAUUAUCCCUGGAAAUAAUAACAGUUAUGAUAAAUGCCGGCGUAGAUUUGAUCUUGGAGAUGCAAAUUAUUUACGGUAUCGUGGGAUGCAAGAGUUUGAUCAAGCAAUGCAGCAUCUUGAAGAAGCCUAUGGUUUCAUGACUUCAGAGCACCAUUAUAUUUCACGGAAGGAUGAAGGAGAUAGACUGAUCAUCUUUGAAAGAGGAAACCUGGUUUUUGUCUUUAAUUUUCAUUGGUGUAACAGUUAUUCAGACUAUCGGGUAGGCUGCUUAAAGCCAGGGAAAUACAAGAUUGUCUUGGAUUCUGAUGAUCCGUUAUUUGGAGGCUUCAGCAGAGUUGAUCACAAUGCCGAGUACUUCACCUCUGAAGGGUGGUAUGAUGACCGACCUCGUUCUUUUCUAGUAUACUCACCUUCUAGAACAGCAGUAGUCUAUGCUCUGACAGAGGAUGUACCAAAACCAGAACUGGAAGGUCCAGAACUUGAACCAGAACCAGAACCAGAACCUGUAGAGAGCUGAACUCUAAGAAAUAGCUUUGCAUUGGUGGGAGAUUGCUUUCGCGGGAGACCGUCUAAGAAUCUUUCCGCAGCCCUUUUGGCAGGUUUUUGAUCGGAAGUAUGCAAUCAUCAGAGGGGUAUUACCAUGAAUAUCAACAGUCCCCGCAUAACCCCAGAUGGAAAGAACAACAUUAAAGAUAACUAUAAAAUACGUACAAAAUUACAAAUUUGGCCUUAGCAGUGGAGCAUCCUUUUAUGUAGGCAGCAAAUAGUUAUCCCAUGGAACCGUGUAAAUUUGGUGUGUAUUUUGUUCUUCUAUAACAAUAAGCCGUGACUGCCUGUGGGUCAAAAAUGUCAGGGAGAUAUCCAUCCAUGUACAGCACUUUGAAUACUACUGCAACUGGAUUGUCAUCUGGAUUUAGUAGUGCAGUGCAGGGAAUUGAUCCGCCCUGGCUUUCACAAGUUCAUUAUUCAUGUUCUCUUUUUUGAUUCGCCUAUAUUAAUAUUACUCAGGUUUCUUAA